AUGUACGUGAAAAUAUCUGCAAUAUCUGCUGGUGACAGAGUCACAGACCCUGCUAUGACAAUGUGCUUGUUGCAUGCAUUCAUCACAGAAGGAGUGAAAUUUCAGUUAGAGUUUAGUGAAAAUAAAGAUAUUGCGUUCACAGGAACCACCUUUAUUGGCUAUGUAGGAUUGUGGACUGGUCAGCGUCCACAGAAGUUUACAGUUUCUGGUGAUGAACGAGAUAAAGGCUGGUGGUGGGAGAAUGCGAUUGCAGCCUUUUUUCAGAGACACUCGCUAGUCAGCUGGCUUAUCCGCACUACCCUGAGUGAAUCAGAAAACUUUGAAGCAGCUGUUGUCAAACUGGCCAAGACGCCUCUUAUUGCUGAUGUGUAUUAUAUUGUCGGUGGCGUGUCUCCCCGGGAGGGAGUGGUCAUCACGAGGAACAGAGGUGGUCCGGCGGACAUUUGGCCUCUGGAUCCUUUAAAUGGAGCGUGGUUCCGAGUUGAGACAAAUUAUGACCACUGGAAGCCAGUGCCUGAGGAAGAUGACAGAAGAACACCUGCCAUCAAAGCCCUUAAUGCCACUGGCCAGGCAAACCUCACCCUGGAGACGCUCUUCCAGGUUUUGUCAGUGUUUCCGGUUUACAACAACUACACAGUUUAUACCACGGUAAUGAGUGCUGCCAACCCAGACAAGUACAUGACGAGGAUCAGAAACCUGGGUUAAAAGUCAUAACACCCUCAUGCAAGAGGUGCCCUCCCUAAGCCUGGAGGAAAGGAGCAUCCUUACCUCCCAAGACAAAGGGACAUUGAGAAGAAUCUGAACAAACAGGCCUUGCUAAGUUUCCCCCAGUUUACCACAAUUACCUCAUACUCCUUAACCUAUCAUAUUCCUCCACCACUGUGCACUCUUCAUCAAACCUAGUAUAAAAUAUUCAGGACUAACUGUUUAUCUGGGUCUUCAUUUCCUUAUGAAGGCUCCUGUGUCGAUAAAAUUUAUAUUAAAUAAACUUGUUUGCUUUUGUCCUGUUAAUCUGUCUUUGUCGGUUUAAUUUUCAGACCCAGCCAGAGACCCUAAGAGGGUCAAGGAAAACUUUUCCCUCUCCUGAAGGUAUCGAAAGUAGUUAGAUUCAUAGAAACCAGGGGCUAAGGAGAAGUUGCUAUUCAACAAGUAUCAAGUUUCAGUUAUGUGAGAUGAGUAAGUUCUAGACAUCUGCUGUACAACAUAAAGCCUGUAGUUAACAAUAAUGUAUUAUACACUGAAAAAUUUGUUAUGAGGGUAAAGCUCAGUUAAGUGCUUUUAUGACAAUAAAAUUUUUUAAGCCAAAAAAAAAAUUAUUUAAUAAAAUAAACUAAGAUGGCUUGGCUUGUGGUGGUUGCAUAGGAGAUGGGGAGAGUUUUUUUUUAAUAUUCUACUUUUAAAAAGUAUACAAGUAAUGUAUUUCUAUUAAAAAAAUAAACAG